CAGGCGCGCGCGGCAUUGUGGGAGUUGUGGUCCUCGGGGUGGCGGAGCGCAGCGCGGGCGGCACCGGCUCGGCGGGGCUCGCGGCUCCGGCCGGGCGGCGGCUGCGGGCGCGGCAGGGGGCGGCCGCGUCCCUGGGGCAGUGGCGUCGCCCGGGUCCCCGCAGCCGCCCGCGCAGGUAAGCGGGGUCUCCAGGGCUGCGGGGCAGAGGAGGACGAUGCUAGGGGCGCCCGCGCCUGCAUCCCGGGCCGGCCCAGGGCCCGCGGUCGCCUAGCACCGGCUGCGUGCUGAGUGCCUCUCGAGCUGGACCGCGCAGCGCAGCAUCACCCCCACCUUUUCUCCUCCCCCUCUUUCUCUCUUUCCAGCUUCCUCCUUCGCCUUUUCCCCUGAUCCCCCAUCCUCCUCAGCAUCACCCACUUUGACCCACCUCCCUGUCCCGAGAAUUGUCACGCGCCCUAAACCUCCUUCCCACUUUUCCAGGUAACCCUCACCUCACCAUCUCUUCCCCUGACUACCUGCGUUAACGCAUCUUUCUGACCUCUUCUGUCGUACUCUCUCCAGGGCCUGUGACACUGGCGGGAGACUGUGAGGAGGAAGGUCCCUAGAGGGGAGGGCUUGUCUCCGGACAGUUCUCUGCGCCCCCUGGUAGAGAGGAUAGCAAGCAACACAGCUACCCCCUAUCCUCUCCUGUGGUGUGCUGUACCUUGCGGGGGGGGGGGGGGGUUCGGGGUCGCCUGGCUUCACCUCAGGGUGACCCGGUCUCUUUGUCAUCAGAAAGCUUCCUGAGCUGGUCAUCUGAUCCGGGUUAACUGGGUCAAGUGGAGACUGUCUCCCCAGGCAUUCCUCACGUCAGAAGUUAUCUUUGAUCGGACUUGAAUUUGUCCUUUAUUCCCCAGAGCCGGCUGAUCUUUGAGAUCUGAGGUUCGGGGCUGCAUGAUGCCCGUUCCUGAUGGGAACUGAUCUGUGAAGAGAGCCAGAAGUGUGUGUGUCUACCUAUUAUCCUGAUGCCACACACUCUACCAAAACCAGAGUUUGUUCUCUUGUCACAAAUCAGCUCUGGACUUGUGUGUCCCUCCCUGGGCGAAGGGGCCGCCAGCCUCCUGGAACUCAAGUGAGUGGCAGGUCCCAGCUCCUUCUCUUAGUGCUGGAUUUGGUCAUGUGGAGAGGUUAGGCUCUCUCCUUGCUGAAUGUUUACUGCUCUGUCUAAGGGAGGGCUCUUGUUUGCUUUGUCCGGAGCAAGCAAGGCUGUUCUGAGGAGGGGAAGGGCUGGCAGUGGAGAGGUAUCCUAUCCAUCUGCUUUUGACAUGAGCAGGUUGGUGGGAACUCGGUUUCUUGAGUCAGUUAUUACCACUGACUGGGGCUCAGGACAUCCGAAGAAACCUGGCUGAUGAAAGCAGUUUUGGAGUUACAGUUUCCUCAGAGUCUAUGAACACCAGGUUUGGACGUCAUGAAAACCCUUUCACGGUGACUGAUUGCAUUUGCUAAUGGGACAUAAGGCAGCGCCCUCCACCCCACUGCGGUGACUUUUCCUAGUGGGCCCAGUUGGCAGGCCUCACUGUUCAUCAAUGGAGCCCUUGGCAGGAACCGAGGGACAGUGGCAGCCAUGCCUCCCCCUGCCACCGCGGCUCCUUCUGCCUCCUGCUAACCUGCAUGCCGUGGGUGCCCUGGAGACGCCCAGAGGACUGACCAUCUGAGCCAGCUUGCCUCAAGCACGGAGUCCCUCAAGAUGUGGCUGGAGUGGUUGGUGGCCUGGAGCUGGUCUCUGGAUGGCCUGAGGGACUGCAUUGCCACCGGUAUCCAGUCAGUGCGGGACUGCGAUGGCACAGCCGUCAUCACCGUGGCCUGCCUGCUCAUCCUGUUUGUGUGGUACUGUUACCACGUGGGCCGCGAGCAGCCCCGCCCCCACGUGUCUGUCAACUCCCUCCUGCAGGGCGUGGAUGCCAACGGGCUGCAGAAUGGGUCCAUGUACUGCCAGUCACCAGAGUGUGCGCGCUGCACACACCACGAAGGCCUCAACCAGAAGCUCUACCACAACCUGCAGGAAUACGCCAAGCGGUACUCAUGGUCCGGCAUGGGCCGCAUUCACAAGGGCAUCCGGGAGCAGGGCCGCUACCUCAGCAGCCAGCCCUCCAUCCAGAAGCCCGAGGUCUUCUUCCUGCCUGACCUCCCCACUACGCCCUACUUCUCCCGGGAUGCCCAGAAGCACGAUGUGGAGCUGUUGGAGCGGAACUUCCAGGCGAUCCUCUGCGAGUUCGAGACUCUCUACAAAGCCUUCUCUAACUGCAGCCUCCCUCAAGGGUGGAAAGUGAACAGCACCCCCAGUGGGGAGUGGUUCACCUUUGACUUUGUCAGCCAGGGCGUUUGUGUCCCCAGGAACUGCAGGAAGUGCCCGCGGACUUACCGCUUGCUCGGCAGCCUCCGGACCUGUAUUGGGAACAAUGUUUUCGGGAACGCCUGCAUCUCAGUGCUGAGCCCUGGGACUGUGAUCACGGAGCACUACGGACCCACAAACAUCCGCAUCCGAUGCCACCUAGGUUUGAAGACUCCCAAUGGCUGCGAGCUGGUGGUGGGGGGCGAGCCCCAGUGCUGGGCAGAAGGCCGAUGCUUACUCUUUGAUGACUCGUUCCUGCACACUGCGUUCCAUGAAGGUUCCGCUGAGGAUGGCCCACGGGUGGUCUUCAUGGUAGACCUCUGGCACCCCAACGUGGCAGCUGCUGAACGUCAGGCCCUGGAUUUCAUCUUUGCUCCGGGACGAUGAGGACAUUGCCUGGGCUGGAGCCAGGCUGAGUGGAUGGGUGGACUGUGGGAUUGCCCACCCUGACUGUGCCCUGAUCCAUGCUGGAAGCAUGAAUGGCUUCCUGCCACUGUGGGGCGUCUUUCCUUUGGUUACUGGGAACUUCCUAGGUUUCUUUCCCCUUCUGGCUAAUUGCUGGGACUUCUGGCCUACUAGUGUGUCCCUUUGGCUGUGACCAGAGGCUCUGUGCCUCUCCUGUCCGUGUCACUUUGCUACCUGGUGUCCUGUCCAUGUUCUGGAAUAGAGUAACCAAAUGACUGUUUUGUCUAAAUGUAAUCAUCCUAAAUUUCUGUAGCUGUCUCAAGAGAGAGCAAAAACAAACAAACAAAACCAAAACAAAGCACCACAGACCAGAAGCCAUUGAGCCAGACAGCUUGGCCUCUGAUGCUGGGGUUCCUCACUGUCCCAGAGCAGGAAACAGCCUGCAGCCUGCCUGUACACCUGGUUGGUUUCAUUAUGGGCUUACCAGACACCCUCGGGGUGGUUGUGUAAGUCAACGCCCAGGGAAUCCAUCAUUAUUGCUGAUAGACCCCAAAAUCUAUCAGAGCCCUGCUGGUGGCGACCUGGGCCUUUUCUUUAACCACAGCUUCCUCCAGAGCUGAAGGCUAGUGAGGGCUCUCAGGUCAGCCACAGAACAGGGAUCCACUUAGCUCACUGCCUACUGCCGAGCCCGGCCUGACAGACGCUGCCGCUGUGGUUUCGAGUCCACAAGAUUGGCAGGAAGCAUGCUGGGCUGAACCUCUACCACCGACCAUGUGACCGUAGUGCCUGUCCAUCAUGCUUUGCAGUCUGUUACCUAAGGGUUGACAUUGAUUAUAUCUGUGUGCAAACCUUCACACGCUAGACUCAGAGACAGCCAAGAGUUAUGGCCAUGUCUGUCAACCCGAUAACCGGAGCCCAUGGGUGUCUCUGACACCAGAGACAGCUGACUCUUCAGUCACCAGAGAAGACACACACAGUUCUUUUCCCAAAGUGAAGGCCAACCAGAGGCCCUGGGUCCAGCUGAUAGGAGAGCGCAGUCAGCCAGGCACUCUCAGGGAUGCGCUGGGAGUGGUGGCCCCAUGGGCAUGGUCCAGAGCAGGACAGAGUGGACAGCUUUUGGUACAAGUUUGAUGUUAGGUCCAAAUGCAAAACCAGUCACCUUUAGAAGGUAAUUUGAUGAUGUCAGUCCACAAUGGGGUUAGGGUGGGGGGAAGCACCCAGAACAUUUCUCUGCUCAGAGUUGAGGAUGGAAGCAUCAGGCUUUGGAGUUUUUGCACUCGGGGUCUCAGCAGAGUCCCCUGAAGUGCAUGAUCCACACCUAUCCUGACUGUCCCCACCACACACCAAGGACAGGGAGUAAAUAAAGAGCUUUGCUGACAA